GGUUGGUAAGGACAUAUUUUUUAAAUCCACUUUUAAAGGAUCCUUAAGUUUAUGAAUUGUUUCAUAAUCGGGGAGUUAAAUUCUUGACGCCUUUAAACCCUGCCUGCUCUCCCAUCGUCAUCAGGGCUCUGCUACAGAUUUGGCAGUGAGCUUUUCCUCAGGCAGGCGUUUGGUCACUGGUUUAUUUCCAAACCUGUGAUCCCCGCCGGUCGGUGCUGCGUCCUGACGUCAGGAUAUUAUAAGGAGGCAGCGGAACCGGAGCGGCGGGGCAGACGGCGGGGCUGAAGGGAAGAAAGGAGCCGGACCAUGCUGAUCUGAUUCCUCACUGACUGGGCUUUCUGUGUUAGAGCACAGUCUGAGCUGAAGAGGGGGGCUUCUGAGUCCUGAGAGUUGCAGCUAUGGGGAAGGACUACUACAAGACCCUUGGAAUCACCAAGGGCUCCAAUGAGGAUGAGAUCAAGAAGGCCUAUCGGCGCAUGGCACUGCGUUUCCACCCAGACAAGAACACAGAUCCAAAUGCGGAAGAGAAAUUCAAAGAAAUCGCAGAGGCCUAUGAGGUACUCAGCGACCCAAAGAAAAGGGUGGUUUACGACCAGCUGGGAGAGGAAGGUUUGAAGACAGGAGGCAGCAGCUCUUCAGGUGUUCCUGGGAACUCGACGCACCACUACACUUUCCAUGGAGACCCCCAUGCCACCUUUGCCUCCUUCUUCGGGGGAUCCAACCCCUUCGAUGUGUUCUUCGGCUCCAGCCGCAGCCACAGCCGCUCCAACGGUUUCCCUUUCCACGGUGAUCACAGCAACGGAGCAGAGCAGGAUGCAGAAAUGGAUGAGGAUGACCCCUUUGCUCAUUUUGGGAGACAGUUUGGCUUUCCAGGAGGAAUGAACAAUGGCUUUCCAGGGGAGGGCCGCAGGAGGAGGGGGGCAGCUUCAUCAGAGCGUGUGGGGACCAACCGUAAGCACCAGGAUGCUCCAGUGGUUCAUGAGCUGAAAGUCUCGCUGGAGGAGAUCUUUCACGGCUGCACCAAGCGUAUGAAGAUCACUCGUCGCAGGCUGAAUCCAGACGGGCGUAGCAUGAGGACAGAGGACAAGAUCCUCAACAUUGUCAUCAAGAAGGGCUGGAAGGAGGGGACCAAGAUUACUUUCCCAAAGGAGGGGGACGAGACCCCGGAGAACAUUCCCGCCGACAUAGUGUUUGUACUUAAAGACAGGGGGCAUGCCCACUUCAAAAGAGAUGGUUCCAAUAUCAUUUAUAACUGCAAGAUAACCCUGAAAGAGGCGCUGUGUGGCUGCACUGUUAGUAUUCCCACGCUGGAAAACCGCGUCAUCUCCCUCCCUUGCCACGACAUCAUCAAGCCAGGAACACUGAAGCGAGUCAGAGGGGAAGGCCUGCCUUUUCCUAAGAACCCGUCACAGCGCGGGGAUCUCAUCGUGGAGUUUUCUGUACGUUUUCCUGACAGGAUCCCCCCUCAGUCUCGAGAGAUUAUCAGACAGCACCUCCCCCAGUCAUAGGAGCGCACCACCAACUUACAACCCCACCCAUCAUACAGACUUAUUCACUUCUGAUAGUUUAAAUGUAAACUACAUGUUUUAGGACUUUACCAUUUAGAAACAAAGAAUCCAGAUAAAACCGUGAGGAUUAGGAUUGAAUUUAGCUUUGUAUGUGUUGUCACUUGGUCCAAGCACACACACCAGUAUCCGGAUAGUAAAGCGGUGCUGAAAAUGGGCUUUGCACAACUGUGGCUUCUACCUGACCUUCUUUUCUUAACGUUUUUUUUACUGAUUUGUCAGAGGUUUUAUAAGCUGUCCUCCUCUCUGAUCCUUGCCAUUUUGUGAAAGGAUGAGGUGUGAGGUAUUCUUUUUUUAAUUGGGAUUAUUUCACCUCGAACGUACCAGCAGAUUGAGUGUUAAAACCAGGCACAAAGCCUGACUUUUAUCUUCAACAUAGCUAACAUAGCUUUUGGCUAUAGUCUGGUUGUAAUUGUAUGGUUGACCCUCCUCAAAAUAAAUAAACAUCUGUUAGGUGAGAAGCCCCGCACUGCGCAGCAGUUCCGACUUUGGCAUGGGCCGGUUCCUGGUCUAAAGGUGUUCCAAGGUUUUAAAAGAUUUCAGUACCAGAACCUUCCCUUUAUAUCUGUCACAUGGUUUAAAGUCCUUAUGAUUUAUGCGAAGGUGCUGGUGUUGACAACACAUUUUUAUAUCUGUUUAAAACAUAAAGCAGAGCUGUGAUUUGCUCAUUUGUUGCUAAAAGUGCAGUACAUUGGCCCUCCAGGUCUGCCAAGAUAAGAGAAUUAGAUCACCAGAUGCAAUGGGCUAAAUUCAAAAGAGGGUCUGCAGGUCUUACUCUGCUGGAAAUGGAAAUAACUGUGACUCAGAUAAUGCAGCAAUAACCGCACUUUGUUUUACCAUAAUCUUUACUGACCUUUUUUACUGGUCAGCAUCAUUGAUGAUUUAAAAAUAUAAAACUGGCGGCAGGACCUACAUUUUAACCUACUCUAUGAAAUAUUUUCAAAGCAUCAACUUUCACUGAAGGCUAGUCAGCUUAUCCUUAAUUAUGUAAGAAAAAAAAAAAAGGUAAAAUCAUUGCAAAAUAGCAUCUUCCGUCCUGAUGGAGCAAAACACUGUGAACCUCUUAAUACUUUAAAAUCUAAUCAGGCUAUGGAGUUGCAUAUCCUGAUGUUUAGAUCUACCUAAUCUUAACUAUGUAUAAAUUGUUUUACAGUGAUGUUCAAGAUGAAAUUUACCUAUUUAUCCUGUCUUGGUACGACUGAAGCUUAAAGCUAAAUAAUGAAUUAUUGUUAAGGUAAAUUGUAAAGGCCAAAUUAAAAAUUUGUCUUCGGGACGAAUCAGUUAUGAUCUUUAUUAUGUCAUCAUAAUAAAUUAAUUAUCAUUAUGCUACAAAAACCGAUCUGAAAAAGAAAAAAAAUACUUAAAAUAUGUGUUUUUACCCUCAAUUUGAGCGGAUACUUCUGCAAAAAGAAUGAGUAUAUUUGUUUAUAAAUAGGAUAGUUAGAUAUUUUGCACUUGAAGUUAGUUUUUUUUCUGCAUUUUAAACGUAAAUCAUAUUAGAUUUGGCAAUUCAUCUAACUUAAAUCAAAGGAAAACACUCCUUCUCAGGAAAAAUUGACUUGUUCAUAAUUCAGUGUAUGCUUUCAGUACAAGAUGAGAAUCAGCAAGUAAGCAACUAGAGUUGCAUUUCCCUUCAUUGUCAUUAUCAGACAAGGGAACAUAUUUUUUUUAUUUACCUGUAUACUGUAUGCAGCGUAGACAUAAAUACCCCAGACCUCUUACAGAGUUGACCCCCUGGACCCUCUAAUGGUGCAGCACAGAAAGAAGAUAUAACUAUUCUUAAAUUUACCAGAUGUUUAAUGAAUGUAAGAAUACCAAAGUACCAAUAAAUAAAUGUAACAGCUAGUUGUACCUUAAUCAAUUUCUAAUACAGUAAAAGCUAGGGAAAAACA